AUGGCUCGCCCAGAUCAGGGUCAAGUGGUAUGUUCCCACCUCUCUUCUCGAUGGCUACUUAGCUUGCUAACAACGUCUCGGGGGCAGGUUGCAUGGUAUAUCUGCACAGUGACGGCAUGCACCUUCCUGGUAUGUCGUCUUGUGGUCCGAGGGCGGCUCUUGAAGCGACUUUAUCUGGACGACCUGUUUGUCACAAUGGCCGCUCUAUGUCUUAUUGGCGAUCUGGCAAUUCAACAUUACAUGUUUAAUCAAGGUGAGUCAACGGGUUGGUGCAACUUUUUCGGGAGAUCCCAAUUGACCUUUCGCGCAGGCAUGUCCGACAUGGCGAAUACCACCAUGGAUCAGAAAAUCAACAUGAUGAAGAUGAUCAUCCCGGGAUCCACCUUGUACGUCACUUCGCUGUGGUUGAUCAAGGCCAGCAUGGUGAUCUUCUACAAGCGUCUUGCAGACCGUACCCGCUACCAACUGGUGUACAACAUCACCCUGGGUACCCUGGCGGCGACCUGGCUAGUGCUUUUCUUUGAUAUCGUUUUCAAAUGCUAUCCGCCCCGGCGCCAGUGGCAGGGGCUUCUGGAUGCCGAAUUGACAUGUCCUGAAGGACCGUCGACAAUCAACUACUGGCUCACUAUUCUUUUCAUCUGCCUCCCCAUUUCCCAAGUUGCGCGACUCAAGAUGCCCACGAAGCAAAAGUGGGGUGUCAUCUCGGUCUUCCUCCUUGGUGUCUUUGUCGUCAUCACCAGCAGUACGUUACCUUAUCAUUACUCCCAAUUUGCCAUUCCAUUCCGGAAUCUAACCAUAUUGUACCCAGUCAUUCGAGCAGUCUACUCCCAUCUCGGCGAGCAAAUGAUCACCUGCACAGUAUCCAUGGUCGAAACCGCCAUUGCGAUCAUCGCAUCCUGUCUCCCAGUGCUGCGCACCUUGGUCUUCGGCUCGCACUCUCGCACGGGAACGUACAGUAGCCGUCGCGGCUACGAACUAUCGCACGCGGGUGUGCACACAGGUGCACAGGACAGCAAGCAACAGACCUCCGUCUCCGCCUCGCGGAGCCAGGUUGACCGUGGCGCAGAUGAUGUCUCUUUUAAUGAUUCUGAAGAUGGAUUGGUUAAGGAAACGGGACCUAGGCCUGGGAUUGCGGUCACACAUGAGUAUUUUGUGCAUGAAGACGCACGAACAUUCCGAGGUUGA